GGCUGGACCGGGACAGGAGAGCGAACGAUCCGCUCCUCUGCGUGAAGUGAACGCAGCGCAUCCACGGCUUUAUCCCCCCUUCUCUCUUCCAGUGUCCCACUUCUUCAUCGGUUUUCCCGCCUGCUGAGAUGAGAUAAUCAGCAGAACACCAGGCACUCACGACGUUUUGAAGCAGUUGGAAAGAGUUUGGACAGGAGAAGAAGAAGAAGAAGAUGCUGGGUUUAGAGGUCAUCGGGCUCUGUCUUCUUUUUGGAGCCCUGACUCACGGACAGAUGACAGAGUGCAACAAGAAGAAUGAAUGUCCCAUCGACGUGUACUUCACCAUUGACACAUCUGAGACUAUCGCCCUGCAGGAGUCGCCCCCUGGAUCUCUGGUGGAGAGCAUCAAGAAAUUCACUGAAGAGUUUGUGCAGCGUUUGGAUGAUGCUGAACUCAGAGAUGCGGUGCGGAUCAACUGGAACAUCGGUGGACUGCACUUCUCCAUGAAACAACAAGUGUUCAGUCGCAUCGGAUCCAAGACCGAUUUCAUCACGGGUGUUAGAGGAAUCCGAUACCUGGGUAAAGGCACCUUCAUCGACUGUGCUCUUGCCAACAUGACCCAGGAAAUGCUGCGUUCACCCUCGUCCCCCAGGGCCCUACGGUUUGCUGUGGUCAUCACCGAUGGUCAUGUGACAGGAAACCCAUGUGGGGGCAUCAAGGUGGCAGCGGAGAGAGCUCGGGAUGAAGGCAUCCGCAUAUUUGUGGUUGCAGCAUCCAAGAACAUUGACGAGACAGGUCUGCGGGAGAUCGCCAAUUCUCCAGCGAUGGUCUACAGGAGGGACUUCAUGGCUGUGGAUCUGAGCCAGGGAAGAGCCGUCAUACAGACUGACACCAUUGACCGCAUCAUUAGUACAAUGAAACAUUUGGCGUAUGUAGAGUGCUACAAAGUGUCCUGUCUGGAGACACCAGGGCCUCCUGGUCCAAAAGGCCACAGAGGACAAAAAGGAGCUAAAGGUGACAACGGGGAUCCAGGUCUGAAAGGAGAAAGAGGUCGCCCAGGAGACCCCGGUAUUGAGGGUCCCAUCGGUCAGCCCGGUACAAAAGGAGAAAGAGGUUUCAAAGGCGAGAAGGGAGAGCUAGGAUCUCAGGGGAAGAAGGGUGUGGGUGGCAUCCCAGGACGUGAUGGGACUGAUGGUCAGAAGGGCAAAAUUGGACGUAUUGGUGCUCCUGGCUGCAAAGGAGACCCAGGCGACAGAGGUCCUGAUGGUCACCCAGGAGAUGUUGGAGAGCGUGGUCCCUCUGGAACUGAUGGCGAGAAGGGAGAUCCUGGACGCCCUGGUAGAGCUGGUCCCCUUGGCCCACCUGGAGAGCCUGGACCAAAAGGAGAGCAGGGAGGUGCUGGAGCACCUGGCGUCCCUGGACAGAAAGGAAACCCAGGAACAGCUGGACUUCCAGGAGCCAGAGGAGAGCCUGGGAGACGAGGGGACUAUGGGACAAAGGGUGCUCAAGGGCCAGAUGGAGGAAAGGGAGAAAAGGGUGAAAUGGGGCCCGAGGGCUUGAGAGGGCUUCCAGGUGAAUCCGGAAACAAAGGUACAAAGGGAGACAAUGGUCUGCCAGGUCCCAGAGGAGCACCAGGGGCCCCAGGAGAGGCUGGAAAAAUUGGUACCAGGGGUGACCCUGGUGAUGCUGGGCCCAGAGGAGAACCUGGACAGGCUGGACCAAAGGGGGAUACUGGAAGACCUGGCUUCAGCUAUCCUGGACCAAGAGGAUCACCGGGUACGAGAGGAGAGAAGGGUAAUCGUGGACCUCGUGGCAGCAGGGGAGACUGUGGUCAAAAAGGCGAGCCUGGAAAUAAAGGAACCCCAGGAGAAGCUGGUGAGCCAGGGCCUCAGGGUGAACCUGGACCAAGAGGAUCAAGAGGAGAGUUUGGGCGUGAUGGAGAUCCAGGUCCCGAGGGAGAUCCCGGCCUCACUGAAUGUGACGUCAUGAACUACAUCAGGGAGACAUGUGGUUGUUGUGACUGUGAGAAACGUUGCGGAGCCCUGGACAUUGUGUUUGUGAUUGACAGCUCAGAGUCUGUGGGACUCACCAACUUCACCCUGGAGAAGAACUUUGUCAUCAACACCAUCAACAGACUGGGAUCUUUUUCCAAAGACCCCCAGUCAGACACAGGCACAAGAGUGGGAGUGGUGCAGUACAGUCACAAUGGGACAUUCCAGGCCAUCAGACUUAAUGAUCCGAAGAUUGACUCAUUGACAGCUUUCAAGGAUGCAGUGAAGCGUCUGGAGUGGAUCGCUGGAGGAACAUGGACCCCAUCGGCCCUGAAGUAUGCCUACGACAACCUAAUCAGAGACAGCCGCAGAGCUAAAGCCAAUGUCACUGUAGUUGUCAUCACGGAUGGACGCUUUGAUCCUCGAGAUGAUGACUCACUGCUCACCUACCUCUGCAGUGAUCCCAGUGUUGACGUAAGUGCGAUUGGUAUCGGGGACAUGUUUGACCAGAUUGAGGAGAAUGAGAGUCUAAAGAGCAUCGCCUGCCAGAGGGAUGGCAGGGUGCUGGGCAUGAGACGCUUCGCAGACCUGGUGGCAGAGGAAUUCAUCGACAAGAUUGAGCAUGUGCUCUGCCCUGAUCCUGUCAUUAUAUGUCCAGAUUUGCCAUGUAAAUCAGGAGGGGGCAUCACUGUGGGGCAAACCCCUUCCCCCUGGAAGCCACUGGCUGAAGAAUGCAGCCCCUCUUUGGUCCCCACCUCUUUGGAGAGUGUGGCCAGCCUGCUGAACGGCCUGAGUGAGCAGCAGUAUGAGGUUGGCGUGGCAACCAUGGCAUACACAGCCCAGAGAGCCAAACUCGCCGGGGGAGCAGACAGGCAGCAGUGGACCCAGCUGUUCAUCGACUCCUUCAAAUAUGUCUAUGGGGACAUUAUGGGAGACCCAGAGAAAGCCAUAGGACUCUGCUAAUGCUGAUAUGCUAACAAUGCUACCUCGCCAAUAUGGAUGCCAAUGAUUAAUAAGCUUAGCGUGGGACAUAAGAUUGAUCCUAUUACAGCAGUGGGCAUUUCUUGUAAAUCUGUUGGUGUAGUUAACACCUGGGCUGAUGCAUGAUUUGAAGUGGGGGCUAUCCUAACAUUUCAGAGCAGCCUUCUCUGUAGUUGCUGUAUAUGAUGCGCCAAAAUCAAGAGGUGGAUUCAUGACUCCUCAUCAAGUGUUUUCGAUUAACUUUCUGUAAGGAAGCGGUGCGCUGUCUUGCAGAAAAGGGAUAUAAAUAUGAUACAUAUCAUUUCUUCCACGUAAGUGGAAAAACACAUGACAAACACAUGGAAUGUGGAUGUCAUCCAUUUGUUGGACAGAUUCCACUGUAGAGUCAUUCAUGUUGCUCCUGUAUAAUGUACAAUGGCUGCUGGAUGAAGACUAAUUCCCACUGUGAAUCAUGAGCUAGCUGAAUCACAAACGUUUUUUUUUUUUGUUUUGUUUUGGGGAUGUUCGUUGGGGUUUUUUGUUUUUUUUGCUCUUUUGCACAAAUCCAUGUUUAUGGCCUUUUACAUAUUUUCUGUUCUGUGAAUGACUUCCAUUUGUAGUGACUCGAAAGGUGAUUACAUAUGGGAAAUAUGUGAUUUUGUGACAGUAUUCAGUAAAAUGAAUCAGAAGCUGGUUUAAGUGAAGGAUUGGUUAAUUCGAGAUUAGGCAAAUUGGACACUCUAAAUUGACCCUAGGUGUAAGUGUGAGAGUGGAUGGUUGUUUGUCUCUAUGUGGCCCUGUGAUGGACUGGCAACCUGUCCAGGGUGUGACUCAGCCUAUCGUCCUAUGUCAGCUGAGAUUGGCACAGCACCCUACGUGACCCUAAUGUGGAGGAUAAAGCGGUAAAAGAUGGAUGGAUGGAUGGAUGGUUAAUUCGAUUUAGCUCUGAUAAUGAAGGAGAUAUUCUGUGAGCUUAAUUGGUGUAUGAUUUUUUUUUUUUUGCAUGUGGCUUGGCUGGUAGAAUGACUUAUGGAAAAUCACUACAGAGCAAUUAUAGCCACAAGUGUUAGGGCAUUAUAUUAGUUAUUUGACUGCUGCACCAUUGUUUGAUAUAAAAUGAAAUGUAGCUUGUGAUGUUUUCUCAAGAUAAUAAAAUGGCAGAGCAAACUGAAA